AUGGCUAUUUUACAUAAGGCAUUUGAUAUUUUAGUUGUUAAUCAGGAUUUUAAAUCAGAAGCCAGUGAUUCGGUUACCUUGCAACGUGGUGAUAUAGUUGAGGUUCUCAAAACAUCUACGGAAACGACAAGCGAAACGACCAGUAGUGUUAAGAAAGGUGUUCAGGGCAGUGAUGCAACAGCUAAAUAUUUGGUACGUGUAUUCGGUGACAAUGCCAAAGAGGGUUGGGUACCCAAAAACAUUUUGGAGGACAGUUCGGUAUCGUCCAUGCUGAAUGGCAACGAUAAAGAAAGUGCCGAACUACAAAAGAAGGCCAUUAUACGAGAACUUUUAGAUACUGAGGAGGAUUACGGUAGAGAUCUACAAAAUGUUGUGGAUCGUUAUAUAAAGGCUGUGGAUAGUGCCACCGCGCCAAGGACAGUGCGUGAUAGUAAGGAUAUCAUAUUUGGUAAUUUCCAACAAAUAGCCGAAUUUCACAAUAAGGUUUUCAAUGAUGGCGUCAAAUACUAUGCGGACAAACCGAAUAUGGUAGUGAAGACCUUUUUGCGAUUGGAACGUGAUUUCGAUAUGCAUGUCAAAUAUUGUAAAACCGAACCGCUGGCUCAAGAAUUUCUAACAUCGAAUCGAGAGGCGUUUACAUUUUUUCAGGAAAUUUCGACUAGAUAUAACGACGAGAAAUCUUUAAGUGAUCAUUUGAAAUUGCCCAUUCAACGAAUUAACGACUAUCAGCUCUUAUUGAAGGAUUUGCUUAAAUUCUCACUGAGCUUAAAAGAAAACAUCAAAGAUAUCCAAAAAGCUUUAGAGUUAAUGCUUAGCGUCCCCAGUCGGGCCUAUGACAGUGCACUAUUGAAUAGCAUCGAAGGAUAUCGCGGUAAUAUCGGUAAACUCGGACGUCUGCUGCAACACGAAUGGUGGACUCUGAUCGAUAAGGAGGCGAAGGCACACGAACGUUACAUUUUCCACUUCAAAUCUCGGCUACUCAUUUGCAAGGUACGCAAGGUCAGCGAUCAGAAAUCAAUAUUCGCUUUGCAGGACCUUAUCAAACUGCCAGAUUGUCUUGUGGAAGAGGAUGAAGUACAGAAUUUAAUACGCUUCACAGCCAAACCGAAUGCCAAAGAUUGUGGAAAUUUACCGAUUUGCCUGAAACCCCACAAGGACGAUAAGGAAUUACGACAUAAAUGGUUUAAUGAGAUCUGUUCCCACUUGGAAAAGGAAGUUACCCUGCAAGAGCAUAAGGCCGAUGAUAUUCGCAUAGAUUCGUCGCAAGUUUUGGAAGAUACUUGUUUGGGUUUACCGCAAAAGGCGGAGGCCUAUAAUCCGGAUAGUAGUGUUCGGGCCUCAGAUGUGGCCAAGGAUUAUUUCUUGACCAAAGAAGAAAAGGAACGCUACCAGGCGGAAUAUCAGGAACUUCUACGUUUGGAACAGGAAUCCAUAGAGUUAUAUAAUCGCACGAAAUUGGUACAAAAAUCCAUUGCAUCGAAUCAGGAAACGCAACAACAGCAGGUGCAACAAAGAUCCGAGGUGGUUACCCAGGUCACGCAAAAAUCGGAUGGUAAAGAACAAACCACCACCACACAGAGUCAAUCGGUCCAAGAACAACAAAAAGUGUUGAUACAAAAUGAUCGGAUUGUAGAUCAGCAAAAGCAGUCGAAUAUCUCCGCAAGUCAGGAAACCAAAACUGAAAGUGUUGCGGAACCACCAAAGCCUGAGGUUCCCGCACCCGAAAAAGUUAAAAGUCCCGAACCCAUUAAACGGGAAACACCCAAGAAAUCAACACCCACACCACCGCCAACAGUCCCCUCGAAGGGUGUCAAAUCACCAGAACCCAAAAAAGUAGCUACCCCUUCAAGCAGCACCACCACCACAGUUGCCAAAGUCACCCCUGCUGCUGCUGCUGCUGCUCCCGCCUCCACUCAAGGGGAAUUGCAAAAAACCUCAGAGAUCUCCACUGUUACGGAAACCAAAGUUCAAAAGUUUGCCGAAAACAAACAAGCCACCGAAGCCGAAAAAGCUUUAGAGGCCAAGCUCAGAGGGCUAAAGGAAAGCACCCAGCAGCAAAGCUCCGCUGAGGCUGCCCAAAAAGCUUCGGAAAUCAAACAAAUUACCGAGGAUCACAAGAUCUUCGAAGCCAAACUCAAGGAAUUCAAAACAACUUCGCAGGUGCAGAAAAGCUCCGAAGUUCAGCAGCAAACUUCGAAGGAAAUUAGUCAACAACAAACCCUAACCCAAACCACAGCCACUUCCACCACCACCUCAUCUACCCAGAAAACCCUUGAAUCCGUUGCCCAACAACUGCAACAGUCAGAGGCUGUUGCCAAGACCGCCGAACAACAGACAACGGUUAGGUCCGAAGACAUCAAAGCUUCAAUCGAAACAUCAUUUGUAUCAUUAUCAGAACCACCACAACAACAACAACCAGAACCCGAACAACCGGAAAAUCUUGGUAAGAACGAAAUGCCUGAACAAGAAAAUCCUCCUCCACCUACAGCUGAUGCUGCUGCUGCUACUCCCGCUGCCGCUUCUCUGGCCGAGGAACCCCAGCCCAUUGUUUUGCCUCGAAUUACAGUUACACAAGAACUAGUACCCCGCCACAAACCCAUAGAGCUUACGGACAUUGCUGGCUAUCAGGAAUCUAUGCGCCAAACUGCUGGCGGUGAAGGUAACACCGCUGGUGGUUCAGGCGCCUCCAAUGUCUAUACCAUACGCGACAGUGCUUCGCUUGCCCAAUGGAACAGUCGCUUGGCCAGUAUCCAACAGAAUCGUGAUGGCUUUAGUGAUGGUUCUGAGCCUCCGCUACCACCUCUCCCGCCGCAUUAUGUACGCAUGCCCGGCUUCUUUCAACCCCUGCCACGCAUUGCCUAUGAAACCUCUAUUGAAAUUUUACUGGUCAAGUCCGUACCCUUACCUCCACCACCCAUAACUCUAAUACCUCGAGUUGUGGUCCACAACGAAGCCCUGGAAAUGAAAUCGGCCAAUUUCCUCGAGGGUAUCUAUGUCUCAGAUGAUUUUGAUAAUUCGCUGAGAAAUGCGAAGAAAAAAAUCCGCUCCAUUAAAUCGACGGUGAUGAAAUCGAAAGAUUCCACCAAAUAUGCCGUGGAUACCGUGAAUAAGGCCUCAUCGCGUGAUUUCAUUCACAUCUUCACUCCGCCGAUAAAGCACAAACGUCCGAUUUAUGAAAUUGUUGAGGAACCUUCACGUCUCAGUGAUUAUGAGGAUGAUUAUCCCGAAUCGAUGUAUAGUGGGGUUCGUACUCGAGAACAUAGUAUGGCCCGUACGGAGGAUUAUUUGUCGGUCACAUCGCGUAGACAACGUGACAGUAAGCAAAACAUGUAG